AGAGAGCGAGAAAAGUGAUCAUACAUCAAAAAACAACAUGGAAAUCACAAGAAAUAUGAUCAGAGUGCUAGCUUUCAUCUACCUAUCAUCCUUGUUCUGCCUAACGGUGGCACAAUUCUCGUCGUACGAAGACGAUUCGGAUUCGGAUUAUAGCUCAAGUUCUGAAGAAGAUGAAAGCAGCAAUCUCAGAAGACAACCAGUCUACACCGUCCGAAGCAGACAGAGCCGCAACAUCAAUCGCCCCCAGGGCAUCAGCCGAUCAGUCAAUCGAAAAUCGUAUCGCCACGACACUCACGUCCGAGAUUUCAAUCGCCUGCCUUCCGGAGACAAUCACAUAUUCGCGACCCCAGUGAAAUAUUUAGUUUUCGGCUCACAUCACAGCGGUCGGUAUAACACUAACGCCAGGGUUUUCGGUGGGAUCGGAAAACGUUAAUUCAGACUUUAUUAUACUGUACGGUGAUCAACGCGCUCCUGAAAUCUGGAAAAUGGCCUAUAUCACACCAAGAAAAUUAUGAACGCAUAUAAUCGUGUCUCAGAAAGAUGGGACGGCUUUAAAAAAAACUCUUAACAGAUAGUUUUGACCGCUGAAAAAAAAAAUAAUGAGAACAUUUGGGUCAAUCCCAUUGACAUUCAUUCCUUAUACUGCCGUCGAACCUCUUUAAAUCAAAUUAUAUUCGAUUUUAAGGGGGGGCAGCAUUUUUUUUAGAAAAAAAAAGAAUAAUUGCAGGACGGUAAAGUUGGUGACAUUCUGAGCUUUAAAAUAAAUGAGUUGGAAGGAUUCUGAAGUUGAAGGCAAGGUUACAUGUGCAGUACCUAUAAUUAAACCUGUUCAUGGCCUUCUAAAAAGCAUCAAGAUACAUUUGAAUUGCUUUUCUAUAUCUUUCCUGGGUCGCCAGAAAAAAAUUGCACAAAGGCUCUCAAAAUUCGAGCCAUGGAGAUUCAGGGGAACCCCAUUUUUUACUCAGGGAGGUUUAAAUUAAGUUAUUCUCGAAGGAAUUCAGAUAAAUAGUGACGAAAAAUUUGACUUACGGGGGUUUUCAUCCAAAUUUCAACGAGCAACAAUCUAAAGAUAAUGAGUCAUUUUGCCAUGAAUGCCACAAAAUGUUCCUCUCAUUUCCCUCGCUUCAAAGAAAAAUAAUUGGUGUGUAGCAGAUCACUUUAUAUUGUCUCAUACACGUCAGAUUUUUUUCCCCCACUGCUUUUAAAGCUGCCCCAUCUUCCUAAGAUAUAAAUGUAUUAAUUGUGUGUUCAUAAAUCUUGGCUAUAAUGUAUCCCAUUUUUGCGGAUCUAGCAGCGUGUGAAUCGUCCCGUAUCAAAGCGCCAAAUUUUGUAUUAUGCUCGUGAUGCUUGAUCUUCUAUUUCUGAAGGGUAUUAAAAAAUUCGAUGUGAAAACGUA